AUGUUGCAGCUAUUAAAUUUACCAAAAGAUGUAUGGGAUCUGAUUAUAUUCGAGCACGGUGUUUCCUUUGAUGACCUUUUGAAUUUACUGCAUACUUCACAGUCCUUCAGACCAUUAAUUGAAAGAUACAUUUCUGUUAUUUCAAAUGAUAUCAGUCAUCCAGUUAAUGGUAUAUCCGCUAAAUUGAACGGCUUAAAUGCAAACCCACCAUCACUGUUCACGUUUGAUAGUGAAAAUUUUGACUUCAUCAUAAGUUCUUCAGUUUUGAUUAUUUUCAAUAUUUUUUUAGAACAGCCAAACGUUCAAUUGGAUUCUUUUCUCAAGAUGAUAGGUCAAAAGUGCACUCAAUUUCGAAAAUUCUUCAAAAUUAAUUUAUUUUUAUCUGAGGCUUACAUAGUUGAGGAAUGUGAAUUCAAAUAUGUCGUUGGUGAUUUACAGACAUUGAUUCACAACAAGGAAUUUUUUAACUUCUUUCAACCAGACUCAUUCUUGGAAUAUUCUGUUUGUGAGCUGGAUCCUUUCGAUAGUUGUGCUCAAAAUAGAAAUAAUAAUGGUCAAAUCCCCUGGGUAGAGAGCUCAUAUGUUGACAAAGCAGGGUGGUCAUUACUGAAAAAAGUAUUUAUUGAAUUGCACAGCAACUUGGAUAUGGAGUUGUUUAAAGGGGGAAAAAAGCAUCCACCGUUUCCAUUUGUCUUGGAAAACGCUAAAUUUGAAAAUUUGACCUGUUUAUGGUUUUCAUCAACCAAAUUACUUUUUGAUUCUUCAUCCGAAUGUUACCAAAGCAAUUUUGGAUUUUAUAGCAAAAUUCCUGCGUGUUUCAAAAAUUGUGACUUCCCUGAGUUGACUGUCUUUUGGAUGAACCGUACUCCAACUUUGUCAUUCAAGUAUGCUUGCAGCAUUAAAAUCCAGUCAUUGAUAAACUGUCAUUUUGAUAAGCUAACAUUGUUAAAAGUUAAUCCUGAUGAUUUUUUCAUUGUAAGAAAUGUUGAAAUGAAUAAUUUGCAAGUGAUAAACCUCGGUGAUUCAACAACGGCCUCUAGUUUAUUCCCAUACAUGACUGAGCUGACAAAGAAGUACUCCAUUGAUUCCAACGGAUGCCAUAAUCAAAGUGACCCAUUCUAUUCUAAUGUGGCGACACCCAAAUUCUCAUACUUCGAGGUUACAAACCUCGACUUUGGGUCAAUGAAAAAUGUUGUUUCUUUAUCAUUGCCAAGUUUGGGGUUAUUCCAUGACAUUUGUCGAACAAUAUCUUCAUUGAAAUUAGAGGAUUUCAAAGAGAUCAAGAUAAGUUGUGGGAAAAAUAAUCUUGGAACUGUGAUUUUACUGAAAGAGUUGAAUGAUGCUAAUAUUAAAAAGGUUCGUUUCAAAUCCACCACUAGUGUUUUCAAUGAUUCCACCACUCACGAAGGCCGUGAAUACGAUAUUGUUGGUUUACCAAGGGUGGGUAGUAUUCACCCACUAGGGGUUAGACAUACGCUUCCAUUUAGAAACAUUUCAACUGCACUAGAUUGUUAUUACAGUGCUCCCGGAUGGACAUCUAGGUUCUCGUUUGUACCAUAUUAUAGUGACUUAGAGAUCGAAGUCCAGUGGAGCGCAAAACGUGCUAGAUAUAUAAAGCCACCUAUUGUUCAAGUUUCACCUGCCAAUGCUAACGAUCAGAGAAUUGAAAGGGGUGCUGGCCGUGUAUUUCACUAUAGGCUGGAGGAUAGUAUUUAUCUUAGAUGA